CCUGGCCGAGCACGGCUCGCUGUCCGACUCCGGCAUCUCGGACUCGGGCUCCGAGCACGAGCUGUGCGAGCGCGAGCGCCGCCUGGCGACGCUGCGCAGUCUGGCGCGACACCUCAUGGCCGUGCUGCCCGCCGGCAGCCACGCGCUUCUCACCGUCUCCAAGCAAAUCGAGCAAGCAGAGGCGAUGCUGCGCGGCCUGCAGCGGUCGUGCCGCGCGCUGUUGGUGCAGACGGGCGCCACGCCGCCGGACGCCAAGCCGCUGGCCGACAGCCCCGACGCCGGCCUGGGGCCGGACGUCGACGCCGAGGACUCUGCGGCGCCUGCGGUGCUGCCGCUGCCUCUGGUCGACGCGCAGCCCGCGGACCAGCUGCCCGCCAAGCGCAGGACCGCCGCCGCGGCCAGGCGGAAGAAACAUCGUGGAGGAGCAUGCAGAGGUGAUGGAGGUGAUCCUGAGGCUGCACCAAGUGGAGUGCGACCGUGGUUAUGGCGUGUGUUACGUGCUUCUUUGCCCUUCCAUGUCACCAUCGUGCUACUCUUCUGUGUUGCAUACCUCCUGGAGCCACGCUGCUGUGACAAUAUGAACACCAUGCAGAUGUCUUUCACACCACAGCUGCGUUACGUUCGUGGUCCUCCACCAAUCUAAGCUGCCACUAGUGAAAGUGAACUGUUGCAUGUAGGCCAGUUCAGCUCACUUAACUGACGCACACAGUGUGCCUACUGAUUACCUAUCUGUGUGGUGUGACAGUGAGGUUUUUCUUAUUGACUUUGUUUUAUUGCCUGCCUUGUUGCAGAGACACAGUUUUUAUCUUGUCAGUUUUUUGUUCUUAGUGAAAAGAAAAUGACUAUUAGAGGUUGUGUGUGUUGUACUGUGGCCUUUUUAAAUUCCUUAAACUUGUGAAACUGUGAAAGUACUUUAAGAAGAACAUUUGGAUCUACAGUCAUGACAUGAGAUGCCGAUUACUGAGCAAUGAUUAGGAUUUGAUGUUCAUUUAUAAAUGGAAUUACACAUGUAAUUCUCAAGACUUUAUUCUUGGUGUAAUGUCCAUUGACCAUCAGUUAAGGAUACUGGUGAUCUUCUAACUGAAUCUAUGUUUAAACCAUGUGAUGGAACAUAUCAAGGACAUUGCUUCAUAAAUGCUGCAGAAAUUCUGAUGUUCAUCAUAUUAAUGAGUAACUGAAAACUGAAGAAAAGGUUCCACAUUCAGAAACUCAGUGUGUGAUAACUGAACUAUUGUAGUCAGUGCACCUUAAAUGUUUUAGGGAGUUCCUGCUGCAUAUGUCUAGCGCAUCUAGUCUGCUGAAAUAUUAUUUCAAUUAUAUGCAGCUGUUUCAGUGUAUGCCAACCCCUACCCCCCACUCUCUCACACUCUCAUGUUUGUCUGUGAGAGAGAAUGAGAGAUUGGGAGUGGAGGACAAGUUGUUUGAAGUCUACAGUUCCACUCAGUACCUGAAGUUUUCACUUUUAUUGCACCUUCAUGAGCACCACUGAAAAUGUAGCAAUGAGUAGAUCCAGGGAGCAAAUGAAGCACUAUUGACAGUGAGUACUUAAGUGCCUACUGUAAUGAGUCAGUAUGUUGCUUUGACUGUGAAUUCUUGCAUUCACCAUUACUGUUCAAGUAAUCAAAAGAGUGGAAAUGUAAUGAUACAUAGUUAAUGUGCUGAAUAUAAUAAAAAUAGUUUUUUAUUAUGAUAAUAGAAUAAAUAUUAUUUUUAAUAGUUAAUUAUUUUGAAAAGAUAAUUUAUGUGGUUUCUAUAAAAUUUUAAAUUUAAGAUCUCAAGAGCAUGAGGCGAUCUUUGGAUUUGGAUUAGCAGAAAAUUUGUCAUGUAAAGCAACUACUGGAGUCAGUAAGAGUUACAUGUCUUAUGUUGUGACACACAAUCAGUCAUAUGAAUAGAUUAGCUGCUGAAGCACAGGAAUUGUGUUCUUUUUUUCCAGAGAAUUUCCAUCUUUCAAAGCCUAGCAAAGGAUAUAAUACAUAUUAUAGUAUUUAUUUAUCCUUGGCUGUUAUAACAGAGUGCUUGUGACUUGAGUUCUUUUUAUUCUUUGUUGUUCAAAUGAAAUUCUCCUAAAAUGGUGCUGCAUACAAUCAGAUUUAUGUUAAUCUGUCUAUGGUAUAUGUGAUAUCCUUAAAGUAAACUAGUGUGUGUGUGUGUGUGUGUGUGUGUGUGUGUGUGUGUGUGUGUCAACCUGGGAGUGCAUGCUUCUUGGUCCUCUUAUUUUUUUUUUCUCUGGCUUUUGCCACAACACUGUCAAAUUGCUUUCUGUAAACUAACUAAUAAUGUACCUUCCAAACCUCAUAUCAUUUAUGGAUUACAUGAAAUGCUUCAUACGUUUUCAUGAUCGUCAUUCCUUUUGGGCACUUCUACGCUCAUGGAAAUGCAUGUCAACACAGCCAAGUUUUACAUUUGUGAUGUUUUCAGGUCUCCAUGCUUGUUACUGUUAACUUUCAGAUUAAUUUUUAGUAAGUCCAUACUUCCUCCAUUGCUGAAUUGGCUGUUUGAAGAGAGGUUGAUUAGUAUUUGUGUUUGGUAGUCAAAUGUUUGCUGUCGUACUUUUAAACCCAAAUUUUUGUUUAGCCGUAUCGUUUAUUGAUGGUGCACGUAAUUUACUUCAAUGCCAUUUAUAACAGUUUAGAUUUUUGCCUCAUACAGUUGUAAAUUGAACAAUAAUUUAAAAUGAUGAUGAUGAUGAUGAUGAUGAUGUAAACCAAAAUUUCUAGCAUUCAUAAAAUACUUAUCAAGUGAUACGGACUCACCUGAUUACUCUUAGUUGCAGAAUAUCUACACAUUCCUUGUUUGGUUAAAUUUUCCAUUGCUGCUCUUCCUGUGGAUAAUAUUAUCCACUUACUCAUCCAUGCGUGACACAUUUGGGGCAGAUUAUGAAGUAUAUACCCAUUUUCAGUGAAACUGUUGUAAGUUAAGAAACAGUUUGAAAGUUUUUUGUGCUGUAGAAUAAAGGAGUCACCUCGUAUAUUGACAGUGCACAGUCACUUAUCUUAUUUCACUCAUUCAAAAUGUCAGUUCCUAUUAAACUGUGUCUUACGUCUUAUUUAAUACACAGCUUGUGCCUUCCUAAUGGCAACAAACUGUUGCCUUCUUAGAUAUCAUAUGAUGUAGACAAUAGCUGGAUAAACCUCACAUUCUAAAAGUACUAUCCACUCUUAAAUUUGCUUCAAAUAUCAAGCAAGAUAAAAUCAGUUCCAUUUCUUCAUGUGACCGUCUUUUGAGCAUCAUGUUUCUGAGUUUCCAUGUAGAUAUCUUUUUGCUCGUUCGAAGAACUGAAUGAGUGAGUGUUGUAAGCUGUCAUAAAAUAUGUAAGCAAUCAAUUUUUCAAGUUCCUAAAAUUUAAUGGCUAAUAUUCAGUCACUGGCUAACUCUGUCGCACUGAAUAAUAAUUUUAUAUAAAUAACUCCUCCAUCCCUGUUGCAGCAGAAGUUGCACAGUACACCCCAAGAAUACUAUAUAGUUCUCCUAGAUGCAAGUGUUGUCUGCUGCAGCACUGUGUGUAUUCUGUAUGUACAAAUCUCUUCAUAACAUGGCAUAAGUAUUGAGUGUAAUACUUGGCUGUUAAUAUUGAGAAGCCAGGACAUGUUAGAUAUUGGUCAGCAUGUGCAAAUAGGUUUGUAUCAUAUUUUACAGUCAUUUGGUAUGCAGUUGGGAGGACAUCAUUUCACAUAACUGUCUGGCCAUACAGAUUUACGCCUUCCACAGUUUCCGUACCUCACUCCACUCGUUGUUCAUGCCUUCCCUAUUCUUUUGUAAUAUGAGUUUGUGCUCCAUCUCUAAUGACUGCACUGUUGGCAAUAUGUUAAACUCUUAAUCAUCAUCCUUCCUUCCUUCCAUCUACAGCCAUUUUGUGACUGCCACUAAGAUUAGCAACUCUUCAACUGUGGCACAUGGAUAGGCCCAUCACUGGACUGGAGAUCUGAAGACAUAUUAAGCAUUGAUUAUGUACAUUCAUGUCCUAUAAUUCAGUUUUAUAUUGUUAACAAAUGUAAAAACAGAAAACCAAGUGUCAGCAGAUCUUUAAAGAAGAGAUUUUGAGACACAUUUCUGUACAUUUAAUCCUAAAUUAGUUUUCGUCAAAAAUUUGCAAAUGUUCAUGCUCUAGUAGCAUUUGUUGCUUUUUAAGUAUUUUGUCUUAUAUGUGUAGUUAGCAAAAUUAUUUUUCAGUUUAGUAAUUGCAUGCAAUGUAGUUUCAAUUAACAUAAUAUAUGCCUUGUAAUAUGCCUUCUCUCAAUCAGAAAACGUGCCGCCAAAGAAUGAUGCACCUGUCGAAUAGUUAUUAUUGAACAGAGUGUAAGAGCAUUUUUUUUUUUCGACAGACAUAAUGUGAUGUUAAGCUCCACUUUCAUGGGAGUGGUUAUAAAUGGCUGAGAUUCAUUGGGGAAUAGUUCUGGCAAUAGAUUUAGAACACUUAAUUUCUGAAAGCUGUAUAACAGAGCUAAUAAUUAAAAUUUAACAACAGAGACUAUGCAGUGAAACCUGCACUGAUCUCUGAUAAUGUUUAUGGUGCUAGGUCUGGCAGCUGAAUAAAAGUCAGUAAAGGUUAAAGUGUGAGAUAUUAUUUUAAACAGUUCUCUCCAUGUGUAAGAGUGUGGUUCACAUUCCAUUGCAAAAUAAUUUUUUUUUCAUAACUUGAUAGUUUUUCCUCUUAGCAUUUCAGAUAAAACUGUUCUUGCAUUCCAUGAUAUUGCAAUUUCAGUAUGCAUCCUUCUGUUUCACCACCACUCCCAUAUUUUUGGGUAAAAGAAAAAUAGAUAAUUUCAUUCUUUUUACAUCCAGUGUAUUAGUUCACAGUGUGUAAAUAUCACAUUUCUGUAGUCUUCGGCUAGUAUUUUUUUCAGUUUUGGAGACCAGGCACAUAUGAAAAUUCUGAUUCUGUGUCAUGUUAAAAACAUGAGUGUGUGGGAGGGCAUUUGAAUUUUUAUAUCUUUCCUACUGUUGUCAUUGUGUUGUUCCAUAAGCCCCCCCCCCCUCUCCCCCAGCAGCUAAUCAGUUUUCAUUCUAAAUUUGUAAGAAGUAAAAACUUUCUUCUCAAGUUUGACGGAGUUCUACCCAAACAAUUACAGAACACAUACAUUCAACCCUCCCCCAUAUAGUUUGAAGGGGGGAGGGGAGGGUGUAGGAGUUACUGAAUGACAAAACAUUACGCUAAACCAGACAUACCUCACUGUGUAAAAACUAAUUUCUACCAUUGGGCUUUGCAUUACUUGAUUUAUAUUAUAGCCAUAAUGCAUGAAACAAGGCUUAGAUUGUUAGAAAUGCAAUGCAACAUUGUAGUCUUUGAUGAGAAAGCAGAGAAUACAAUGUAGAAUGUUUCCUCUGAAUUAUGAUUACACACACCAGGUAAUGUACUCUUUCAUUGAGAGAAAGGGUUGGGGAAUACAUUUUACUGUAGUAAACAUGGUUAAAAUCAGCUCACACAAACGUUAUUAUUAAAUUGUGUGGUGUUCAGAACUUCUGAAUACUGUUACAAAAUUUGUUUGAAGGCGAAGUAUGGCUGGUAUUUGCACAUUAUAACUGAACCUAUAAAAGAAUAUUUUCAUAAAAGAAUCACAAAAAGUUGAAGAUAGACUAAAAAAUAAUUUAUUUCUUGAGCACAUUUUCCCUGAGAAAAUUUGCUCAAGACAAAUGCUAUAUUUUCUGAUACUCUGUUUUAGUGUGAAUGUCAGUAAUUCAAAGAGGUGCAUUUUAAUACAUUGGAGGCAGGUAAUUGAUAGUGUAAUUACAUUUAAUUUGAACAUGUAAAUUUAAGAGGAAAGCAUGUUAAGAAUAAGUGUUUGUCUAUCCUAACAACAGUGAACAUGUCAGGUAAUUUAAAAGGUAAAGGCAACUAUUUCUUUUUCCUUUUGUGGCACUAUCAGCAGAAAUUAUUAAAACAUAACUAACCUUAUUUUGAAAUUUACUACUGAUCUUUUUAUGUAUAGAUAUGAUUAUAAUUUACUGCCAGUUUCAUUUGUGUUACUUUCAAAAAAAGUGUAAGUGAAAGAAUGGAACUGCUAAUUAAAACAUACAUACAUUGUAUAGUACUGUUUUAAGUAAUAUUUACUUUGGAAAAAAGGUGGCCCACACUCACAUUCAGUUUUGUUUUCAAGUCACAGAUCUCUUCCACAGAUUGAGAAAAAUCAAAAAUAAAAAUAUUGUGCCUACAAUGAACUGUGUGUGUAAUUGUGUAUGUGUGUGUGACUGACAUGUCCACUUACUGUUAGUAUUGUUCGUAAAUGUUUUUAUAUAAAUAUGCAUGCAUUAUGAACUUUGACUUGCCUAAUGUAUAACAAUUUGCACUUUCUAGAAUGGGAAUGUCUUCAAGAACCCAUCAUACUAUUUUCUUGUUUAUGCAGUUGAAUUUGUACCUGUCAUAGUGAAAAAAUUUAAAAGCACAAGACAUUUUGCUGGUUCAGAAAAAGACUGUAUCUUUUAUUUUAGAAAAUAAGUGCAGGUGUGUCAGUUGUCUGGGUUAACGCUACUAAAUGACUGAGAUAGUAUAGUCUGUGGGUAAUUUCACAGUAUAAUUUUUAAAGAUUACCCAUAUUUUCUGUAUAUGUUUCUACCACAAAACUUUAUCCUUGUCAGUGACAUUCCAAAUUUUACAUGAAUGGAAUGAAAUACUAUUGUAUUACUGACUAGAGGUGAGGUUUUUAAAAGUGGAUUUACCACAAAUUAUUGCAAAAGUAUUGAUUGGGUAGUACGUACAAACAAUUUUCAACAUGAGUUUGUGUACCACAUAGCCAAUAGAGUGAAAUUAACUUCGUUGCUAAAAGACUGAGACAUACUUUAUAAGAUUUUCAGUUUGGGGAACAUUUUUAUAUGGUGGUUGUUAAUUUUAAGAAAUUAUCAGUUUCCAUCAAUGGGAAGUUUUAUACUUUUUAAGUAUGUAAGCCUCUUCAGUCAGGUAAUGUUUCAACACACAGUACUUUUUAAAGCAACUGCUUUUGAACAGUGUUGAUUGUUACUAUCUGUUCAUUCUGAGUUGUGUGUUGAAUUUGAGACCAAUCCAUAUUUGUAAAAUGGAGUGUCGGGGUAAUCAAUUGUUGCUAAAGAGAGGUAACUGACUAUUGUACACUGGAGUCCUAAAAUAAUACAUUGCUACAAAAUAAUUAAUAUUGUAUCGCUGUUCUAGUAUGAUGUAAUUUUUAUAUACAUUCAUUAAUUUAUGGCUCCAUGUGCAUAAUUAUUGUUUGGUGUGAAAUGAGAUGUUAAGUACAAAUCAGUUUUUAUUUUUGUAGUGUAGUUAAUGCUUUGUAAAUUAUUAAGCAUAUUUAGGAAUUUUUACUGUCUCAUUGAUUCAAAUGUAUUCAGAAGAGAGUUUCUCUAGUCUUCAUAUUCCAGUUAUUCCAUUUUUAACAAAGCGAAAUAAGAACCCAGACAGCUGAUGGCAUGUGUGGAAAAAAAGGGAAACAAAUUUUUUAAAAAAAUUCUGUGGUUAACAAUGUUUCAUUUUUAUGUCAAAAAUUGUUCAAUGUUCACAUGUAUUGAUGGAAAAUGAGUUUGAAAUAUAAGUAACAUUGAAAUGAA